AUCGAAAGUAGUCCCGGUUCCCUGGGGCCAGCCCCACCACACUGCACGCUGGGCCUCCAGCAGAGGCGGGAGCCUCCCGCACAGCCACCUGUGCCACCUGUGCCGGGCAGGAUCAGGGCUCCAGCGAGGCCAUGGCCCCCCCACGACUCUUCUGGGUGUGGCUGCUGCUCGCCGGGACUCGAGGCGAGAAGGACGGGGACAUGCGGCUGGCCAACGGGGACGCAGCCAACGAGGGCCGCGUGGAGAUCUUCUACAGGGGCCAGUGGGGGACCGUGUGCGACAACCUCUGGGACCUGACGGACGCCAGCGUCGUCUGCCGGGCCCUGGGGUUCCAGAAUGCCACCGAGGCUCUGGGCAGAGCCGCCUUCGGGCCAGGAACAGGCCCCGUGAUGCUGGACGAAGUCGUGUGCACGGGCACGGAGUCCUCGCUGGCAGAAUGCAGAUCCCUGGGCUGGCUGAAGAGCAACUGCAGGCACGCGCAGGACGCGGGCGUGGUCUGCACCAACGAAACCAGAAGCACGCACACCCUCGACCUCUCCGGGGAGCUCUCCGAUGCCCUCGGUCAGAUCUUCGACAGCCAGCAGGGCUGCGACCUGUUCCUCCAGGUGAUGGGGCAGGAGGAGGGCCUGUGCGCCCACACGCUGAUCCUGACCGCCAACCCCGAGGCGCAGGCCCUGUGGGCGGAGCGCAGCAACGUCACCUUGACCGUGGACCCCGAGUGCGUGCCUGUGGUCAGAGCCUUCAUCAGGUACUUGUACUCCCGACGGAUCGAGGUGUCUCUGGGGUCGGUCAAGUGCUUCCACAAGCUGGCCUCCGCCUACGGGGCCGCGCAGCUGCAGGCCUUCUGCGGCCGCCUCUUCGCCACCCUCCUGCCCCAGGACCCCUCCUUCCGGGCCCCGCUGGAGCUGUACGCCUACGCGCUGGCCACGGAGGACGCCGUGCUGGAGGAGCUGUGCGUGCAGUACCUGGCCUGGAACCUGGAGGCCCUGACGCAGGCCGAGGCCUGGCCGAGCGUCCCCGUGAGCCUGCUCCAGGCGCUGCUGUCCAGGAGUGAGCUGGCCGUGUCCAGCGAGCUGGCCCUGCUGAAGGCUGUGGACGCGUGGAGCCAGGAGGCGGGCGCCUCGCACUGGGCCGUGGCGGGCCUGGUGGACAAGAUCCGCUUCCCCAUGCUGCUGCCCGAGGACCUGUUCGAGCUGCAGUUUAACCUGUCCCUGUACCGCAGCCACGAGGCCCUGUUCCGGAGCAAGACCCUGCAGGCCCUGGAGUUCCACACCGUGCCCCUGCGGCUGCUGGCCCAGUACCAGGGCCUGAACCUCACCGACGAUGCCUACAAGCCUCGGAUCUACACCUCCGCCACCUGGAGCGCCUCGGUGACGGCCGACUCCUGGAAUACCUGGGACCCGAGGCUGUUGUACCAGCCCACGCGCAGGUCCUUCCCAGGCUACAUCGCGUCCAGGAGCCCCUACAGCAGCCGACAGUACCCCUCCCGGUCCUUCCAGACCCCGCAGCACCCCAGCUUCCUCUUCCAGGCCCGGCUGGUCUCCUGGUCGCUGGCCUACCUCCCCAGCGUGCAGCGCUGCUGGGACUACGGGCUGUCCUGCUCCUCGGACGAGCUGCCCGUGCUGGGCCUCACCAAGUCCGGCUACUCCGACCCCACCGUCGGCUACGACAACAAAGCCCUCAUGCUCUGCGGGGGGCGCUUCGUGGCCGAUGUCGGAUUCCAGGGCUCCAAGGCCGCCAUCCCCAGCGCCCUGAGCACCAACAGCUCCAGGGGGGUCUCCCCAUUCCCCUGCCCCACGGGGUCCUUUAGCAGCUUUCAGGCGGUCAUCCGCCCCUUCUACCUGACCAACGCCACCGACCAGCUCUAGGCGGGGGUGGCGUGGCCGCCUUUCCCUCUGCAGCCACCAGGGGUCGCCCUGCUCCCACUCACUGCUUGCGCUCGGCCCCAGAAAGUGCUGGAAGUUUCCUGCCACCGCGCAGAGCUCCCCGCUCUGCAGCUGCCCCGCUGGCCCCUUCCGGCCUCGCUCGCAGUCCUCUUCAGAGGGAGACGUCCAGCUGUGAGUGGACAGCAGGCGGCCGACAGCCGGCUCCAUGCACCUGAGGUCCUCAGGAGCUUAGGGACCCGCACAGCUGAGGCCAGCCAACGGGGAGCGGGCGGGACCAGCGUGCUGGGGGUCCCGGCCCACCCGGCCCCUUCAUCAGGUCUGAGCCCGGCCUCUGGAGAGGCUGGGACACAGCAGCGAGGGCUCGGGUGACGGGGACCUGGCAUGUGUCUGGGGUCUGGGGGUGACUCGCCCCCCCACUCCCUCUGAACCCCAGUGAGUGAGCGUCCGGGAGAGCUGUGUGCUGGGGCGGGGCAGGGUGGGGCUGUGCUGAGGGUCGGGGCUCCCAGAGCCGCUGGGCUUGAGGUCUGAAGGGGGUCACAAGCCCUCUAGGGAGGGGUUUGUGUGACAGACACACGACACAAGUUCACCGUCUUCACCUUUUUUUAAGAUUUAUCAGAAAGGCAGAGAGGUAGGGAGGGGAGGGGGAGGAAGAGG